AUGAGACGACGGACUGUUCGAGAACAACUCUCCCCUGCCUCCAACGAUUGGCAAAUGAUUCAUGCCAUUCAAACACUGGAAAAUAUAGACAAUGCCAAGAAAGAGCUACCGGUACGGUUGGAGGCACAAGAAACCGCCAUCCGGGAAGUCACCAUUGAUGUUCAAUCCCUAUUGGAUCAUCCAGAUGCGAUCAAUAUCUUGGAUCGUACCGGUAUGGUUUCGAAUCCAGACAGCGGCGUGAUCAGAUUAAACAUCAUUGGGUUCUCGACACCUCCAGAUUCGGAACUUGAAUCUUCCUCGAUCAAAUCGGCCAAACAGAUAGGAACAGUGCUGCGAAAGGCUACAGUCGUACUCACACAUCCAUCGAACGCCUCACCAUGUCAAGAAUACCCUAGCUGUAUUCACAGUCAGACAGUCAGCAGAUGGGUCAACUGUCUCUUCUGUCCUCGAAAAAUUGUUCACAAACAAUACAUUGUCUACCCCUCUCUUUCUUCCUGGCUCCGACUUGCCCCCAAGACGACUCCUGUCCUCCAGGAACUUGUUCUCGAUCAGGCCAGUUUCCACUCGGACUUUUCAUUUGUGGAACUUUUCGACUUUCUCGACUAUCAUCAGCCUUCUUUGCGGAGCUUGACCCUAACGUUCUGCACGUUCAACAAUUCGUUCAACGAUCUGUCCCAACACUGGUUAGGCAUUUUGCUCAGCGACGAGUUGCAUCUGGUCGAAGAGCUCACAUUAAAGAACUCGUGGUGGUAUCGCGGCUGGAGCGACGGACCCACACACUCUCCUCGUCGACUGCAAAAAGCCAAGAAGCAGAUCCAGAAGAAGCAGAGCAAGCGGAGGACUAAGGGCCUACCAACAAAGACGCUGAAACGUUUGGUUAUGAAAAGCACAAAAUGCCCCAGAGUUCUGGCGGAAGCCAUUGCUAGAAAUCCGUCCCUCUGCGAACUGACCAUGAUCAACUGCGACUUCUACCAGUAUCAAGGCAGGAUGAUCAAUCCUGUGCUUUUGGUGGUGGCCGAGUCUCUGGUGGGUGGUGUACAUGGCCACGCAGCCGCUGCUAUCCACAGCCUGAAGCGGCUAGAAGUAAGCGGAAAACGAAGCCAACCGUUGAUGAAGAGCCUUGCCAUUCUUGUCAGUGACCCCAACUGCGCUCUGAAAACCUUGACGUUGCGGAUUGCGGCCAAUCCAGCACGGCAGGACAAUGGCGUCGAUACCAGUAGUAGUAAUCCGGGCUUGGAUGGUUUCGUCGAAGCGCUCCAGAGGAAUCAAACACUACAGCGACUGGAGUACAUUGCGGCUCGGCGUGAUGACAGGGAUGCCAGAGCCAAGACUUUGGAAGAGUUGGAGCUCCUGCUGUCUGCUUAUUCUGUUGGCGAUUGCACCGGUGCACGUGAUGAUGUCCCGAACCAGGAUGGCUCUCCGCCACUGUCGUCUCGUAGAGCUCUCAACACGUUGAUCUACGAGUCGCCGCCGCACAUCAAGGAGACUGAUGCAGAUGUCAUUGAGCUGUAUCGCGCUCAUUUCUACCAAGGGGCUUCCUCCAGCUUGGAAGAAGUCAAGAUUGGAAAAUUUCGCAGUCGCUGGAUUCGACCAUGCGGGAUCAGUUGUUCCUCUCUGCGAUCUUUCAGUGCCUAA